AUGUUCGUUAUAGUAACGAUAUUUUCAUUGAUUAUUUUCCAUUUUAUUCAAGUAACAUCAUUAUUAUCAGAAUGUGAAUCGACCUCAACGAUUUGGACGUAUUAUCCAUGUUCAUUUAUUAUUUCAUCAUCAUCAUUCUAUUGUCAACAAACAUCAAUUAGUUCGUCAAUUGAUCAAUGUAUAGACAGAGAAAUAAUGUUUUUUUGGCAUUUUCCAUCUGGUAACAUGACAAUAACAUUGAAAACAGAUAACAAUCAACCAUUUUUAUUACAUUUAUUUAAAAUAUCAUCAUUAAAAAAAAAAUUAAUUAAAAAUAUUUAUCAUCUUGUAAAUAAUAAAACUAUGGAAGAACAAAAACUUAAUAUUAAUGAUAAAGGUGUAAUUAUAAUUCCUUCGAAUGAAUAUAAUCAAUGUUCAAUUAAAUUUGAAACAUCAAAUCGAAUUAUUUUUGAUUAUGGAACAUUAAUACGAAUGACAAUUUGGACUUAUGACAAUAAUGUUCAUUAG